AUGCGAUUUCUACACAACUCAUUAGGACUGAGCUCUCUGUGCUCUCAUUUCUUGUCAUUCCUUUGUACCAGCACUAGCAAGCCAUAUCAAGUCAUCCACCACCCAGCCCUGCCACCAUCUUACCCGCUCGCGGUCCGCAACCCAUACUUGUCGGCAUGGAUGCCUAGCAACCGCGUUCAGCAGCUGCCCUAUGCCGAUUCCCAAUUCUGGGCUGGCCAGGAGUUAGGGUGGGCGGUUAUUGUGCGAGUCGAAGGCCAAGCAUACAGCCUUAUGGGUGUAUCUGAUCUGAACUCGAGCGACAUUCUCCCUGCUGAGGUUCGUCGCGCGGAAUUCACCGCGACGCAUUCGCUUUUCGAUCUGAAAGCUGGUGGCAUCGCGAUAAGACUGGACUUUUUCUCUCCCGUUUCUCCCUCUAAUUAUUUGCGACAAUCGCUCCCCUUCAGUUAUUUGACAGUCACGGUGACAGAGUGCUGGGGCGAGGAAGUCCAGAUAUAUUCCGACAUUGACGGGAGAUGGACUGGUCGUGGCAAUGAAAUUAUGCACGAAUUCGAAGAAUACGACGGGCUCGUAUUCCAUGAACUCUCGGUCCAAGAUGCAGUGACAUACGCGGAAGAGGACGACAUGGCUCUAUGGGGUAAAGCGAUCCUGGCUUCUCGGCCAAAUGACUUUAGUACUGUCUCGGCAAGUGCUGGCCACCAAAAGACUGUGCGAAAUCGAUUCGCCGAGGUGGGCGCUUUAUCGGGCCCAGUGGCCUCAGUGACUUUUGCUGUGGGAUAUGAAAGGAAAGAGGCCAUCAAUUACCUUGGUGAUGCAUACACAGGUUACUACCGCGCGCGAUAUCCCACUACCCACGAAGCAUUGUCUUUCUUCCUUGACGACUAUGGCGAGGCUCUUUCAGAAUCUGUUGACUUUGACAAUGAGAUGACGUCUUUUUCCACUGCUGCAGCAGGUCAGAAAUAUGCUGACAUUCUCGCUUUGUCUACUCGCCAAGCUUAUGGUGGUAUUGACUUGACCAUCCCCGGUGAUUCACUCGAUACUGAUAACGUUCUGGCGUUCAUCAAGGAGCUCUCCAGCGAUGGAAACGCAAACACUAUCGACGUGAUUAUGCCCGCAUUCCCUGUAUAUUGGGUUCUGGAUCCCAACUGGAUCCGGCUUUUGCUUGAGCCUCUCAUGCAGUACCUCGCUGCAGAUCGCUGGACUCUGCCAUACGCGAUUCAUGACAUUGGUUCUCACUACCCCAAUGCAACUGGGCAUGAUGACCAGAAGGCCGAGCCGAUGCCGAUCGAAGAAUCGGGAAACCUGCUUAUUUUGGCUCUAGCCUAUGUGCAAGCUACUGGGGAUAGACAUUGGGCCACUGAAUAUCUGCAUAUCUUCCAAAAGUACGCGGACUAUCUGGUCGAAAAUGGCAUUGACAUUGCCAAUCAGCUCUCGUCCAAUGAUGCUGCUGGUCCCCUCCCCAAUGAAACAAACCUAGCAAUCAAGGCUGCUAUUGGUAUUAAAGCGUUUGGAGUACUUAGCGACCUUGACGAAUACUCAAACAUUGCUGAUGAUCAUGGCGAGCUAUUUUUCAACCAAGGCCUCGGGACCGAUGAUGCACACAAGAUGAGCAAUGACUUCUUCUCCAGCGUCCGUGGGGAGUACGGUGUUCCUUUGGAUCAUAGACAGGACUGGGCCAAGUCGGAUUGGAACAUGUGGUUGGCUGCAACUUUCGACCCUGCCACUCGUGAUGAGUUCAUAGACGACCUGUGGGCAUUUAUGACCAACGGUAAGCAUACAUGGCCAUUUUCUGAUCGCUACGUUGCUUCAUCUGCGUAUGGAAAUGAGCCUGGGAUACCUAUACUCUGUCGGGCACGCCCAACCGUCGGCGGCCAUUUUGCUCUGCUGGCCCUGAAGGGACCGGCUUCCUUCCAAGCAUUCUCUAGCAAUGUUUCACAAAGUGAUCAGACGCUUCGGAGUAAAGGCGUUGAGCUGUGA